AGCAAUUAGGAACAAUAAUAGAAUAAUAAUCGUGGAAAAAUAAUUAAUUCUACACUUCUAAAUAUACGAAAAACCUGGAAGAUUGAGAUAAAAACACUGGAUUGGAAAUAUCACAAUUAGCGAGCAUCUAAAUACAAGAAUAUACUUAGACGCUCGUAUUGGUUUAAUUAUCAACCUUGAUUAAUCAUAUGGAACGGCGGCAACACUAGACAUGCGCAAUGCAAUACUCAGUGCAGCUGAUACGGAGUAAUUUCAUUUUCAGUUAUUGUUUCAAGUGUGUUUGGUUAGUUUUUCUCGUGCAAUUUUCCUCUAAAAUGGCAGCUGUAGGAAGCAAUGGGAGUGAAACCUCAUGGUGGUCUGAUGUCGAGAUGGGACCAGCCGAUCCCAUUCUAGGUGUUACCGAAGCUUUUAGACGUGAUACGAAUCCGAAAAAAAUCAAUUUAGGGGUAGGAGCUUACAGAGAUGAUGAUGGUAAACCAUAUGUAUUACCCAGUGUUUUAAAAGCAGAAGAAAUUCUAGCUGCUGAAAAACCAGAUAAAGAAUACGCCCCAAUACAAGGGUUCCCAGAUUUUUGCAAAUUGAGCGCCCAAUUGGCUUUGGGAGAAGAUUCUGUCCAUUUGAAAAAUGAAACGGCUGUAACUGUCCAAGGAAUUUCAGGCACCGGUUCUCUGACAAUCGGAGCAAGAUUUAUUAAAGCCUUUUUCCCAGGUGUGAAAUGUGUUUGGAUCCCUAUACCUACUUGGGGUAAUCAUAUAAAAGUAUUUACACAGGCUGGACUCGAAGUAAAACAGUAUCGUUAUUAUGAUCCAAAUACCUGUGGAUUUGAUUACCAAGGAGCCUUGGAAGAUAUUAAGAACAUUCCCCAAAGAUCGGUGAUUCUUUUACAUGCCUGUGCUCAUAAUCCAACCGGUGUCGAUCCUAAACCUGAACAGUGGAAGGAGAUUUCCAAGAUAGUCAAGGAUCGUCAAUUGUUUCCUUUCUUCGAUAUGGCCUAUCAAGGAUUCGCUUCUGGUAAUGUUUCAAAAGAUGCGUUCGCUGUGAGAUCAUUUUUAGAAGACGGUCAUCAAGUAGCACUGGCUCAAUCAUUCGCUAAAAAUAUGGGACUCUAUGGUGAACGAGCUGGAGCAUUAACCUUGACGACAGCAAGUAAAGAAGAAUCAGUUCGUGUUCUUUCUCAGUUAAAAAUCGUCAUCCGUCCUCUAUAUUCCAGUCCACCUAUACACGGAGUUCGACUAGUGACGAAAAUUCUCUCCGAUCCGGAACUCAAAGCACAAUGGUUAUGCGAAGUGAAAGGAAUGGCGGAAAGAAUAAUAUCGAUGAGAGCUCUAUUAAAAGAACAGCUACUGAAGAAAGGUUCUGCCAGAAACUGGAGCCAUAUAACAGAUCAGAUCGGAAUGUUUUGCUUCACUGGAUUAAACCCGGCACAAGUUGAAAGGUUAACGAACGACUUUCAUAUUUAUUUAACCAAAGAUGGUAGAAUUUCAAUGGCCGGCGUGUCCACGAAAAACGCCGAAUACAUAGCGAAUGCUAUUCACGAGGUUACCAAGGCCUAAAAUACUCUCGUAAUAUUCAUUUUUUACUUACUUCAAUGCUCAUAAAACGAACAUACAGAUUGAUCAUGAAAAUAAUUUCGAACGUUACCAUGUUUUAUAAUAGUCGUUUUAAAAAUACUUAUUCUUCGUUCCUUUUUUCCAUUAACGGAAGCAAUUAGGUGAACUUUAAUGUAAUUAUUGAAAAUUUUAAGCUGUUUGUUUAUGAAAUUAAAUCGUCGAGUGAUCGGCAUAUUUUUUUAUUAGGUUUUUAUUACGUUUUAUUUGUUGAAUAUUUGGAAUAAAAAUCAUCCAUAAAAAUAUUGUAGCUUGGAAUAAAUUUUUUUUAAUUA